AUGAAUAUUUUCGUAUUACUACCGGCUAAUUCGGCUAAUCCGGCUGACGCCCGGCGCCACCAAUCCGGGUAUGGUGGUGUAAAAUAUACUACAGGCCAUGUGCAUGUGAAUCUGGCAUCACAUGGACACUAUGCUACUGAUAAGAACAAGUCAGUUCGACAGCCUCAUCGCAUUGGAACAUGGAAUGUACGUGGCUUAAAUCAACCUGGAAUGGAGCGAAAAGACAUCUGGAUAUUGGGACUCAGCGAUACCCACUGGACAGAUUCGGGUUAUUCUACUACUGAUCGAGGAAAUAAAAUCAAUUUCUCGGAGCCUAAAGAUGAACAUUCCAAAGGGUUGGCCUUUAUAGUACCGAUUAAUGUGGAUAAGUUUGUGUCAGGUUACAGACCAAUAAACGUUAGCAUUAUUGUCCUAACACUAAACACUGUUCCCUGUAGAAUAAACAUCAUACAUGUUUAUGCACCUACUGCACAAUCUACUGUGGAAGAGAUAGAAAAUUUCUAUUAUGCAGUGACAUCUGCACUAAAGGACAUGCCAAAGCGUGAAAUCACAAUAGUACUGGGAGACUUUAACGCAAAGGUAGGAACAAUUAGGGAUAAUGAACACCUGCGGCGAAUAGUAGGGAAGUAUGAAAUUGGUAAUCGACUUGAAAGGGGGGAGCGCUUGCUUCAAUUUUGUAGUGAAGAAAAUUUUACGGUUACUAAUACCUGCUUCAAGCAACAUAUACCACGACUUUAUACGUGGACCUCACCAUGCGGUAGUUUCAGGAAUCAGAUAGACUAUGUGCUUGUUCAAAAUCGUUGGCGGUCAUCUAUCCUAAACAUUAAAACAUUUCCUGGGGCAGACUGUGGAACUGACCGUCAACUAUUGGUUGCCAUUAUUCGACUUCGAUUAAAAACAAUUCGGAAGUUAACAAAUAUAACCUUUUUGAAACAUGUUGACCUAAAAAGUUUCAAAAAUGUCAUGGAAGUCAAAAUGCCUGAAUGUAGUCAGAGUCCGUGA